GUCGUUAUCAAUAGUGCUUCAACACCGAGACCGGCCACUUCACAUUCCAAGUCCGGGACAUUCUACUCUUCUCUUUCUCAGCCCAAUCUCUUCAAUUACUUCUCCUUCUCUACAUCUCACUUGGUCGCAUAUGCUGUGGAGAUCGGCUCCCUCUAGAAUACUCUUCUGCCUGUUGCCGAACUUCAGUGUCGACCCCGAUAUUUUUUUCGCGAGUCCUCAUUCGGUCGACCCAACGGGCUCAGCCCACCGCUGAACCGCAACCGCGCGUUCUCCUUUCUCCUCCGCUCUGCCCCUUUACAACAACCACGACAGCUGCAGAUAUUUCCAAUAUUGAACAGUUGCAAUGCUUGGAGCUUCCGCUUUACCUAGGCGCUGGCGGAGCGGCGAUAGCGAAAAGCCCGCACAGAAGCCAAACUGGUACACAAAGUUCGUUGCUCCACCACUACAAGCGUUAUCGGGGAAGGCAUGCACGCAUCCUAUCCACUCCAUAGUAUCAGUACUAUUGAUUGCAAGUACUGUCUAUCUCGGUCUCUUGGACACCAACCUUUUCGAUCGCUCAGGGAGCGGCGCUAUUCAUGCAGCAGACUUCAACACCCUUGUGGAAGGCAGCAAACACCUUUACGCAGGCGAUAAGACACACUGGAAAUGGACUACGGAAGACUCAAGGAGAAGUGACGGAGAGCUUGCGCCUGCGCAAGACCUAGCCCUCAUAACUUUGGAAUUCCCUGCCUCCAUUGGCUCUGCUCCUCGCGCAAAGUCGAUCUUACCAUCCUACAACUCCCUUGAAAUUCUCCCAAACUCACCCAACACCGUUUCUGAGCUCUCUGGCGAUACCACCCUCGCCUUUUCACUGCCAUAUGAGGCAGCACCCGACUUUCUGUCUGCCAUUCAAGAAAUCCGAGCCCCAAAGAGCGCAAGAGAGCCACUGGAGUCUGAGGAUGGGCAAGAGGAAAAGAAGUGGAUCAUGGUGGCUGCUCGCCCGGUGCAGAGCUCAAGGAGCAUUAAAACAAGAAUCGUCGCGGCAUGGACCUCCUUUCUGGAUCUCUUGAAAAAUGCAGAAUCUCUCGAUAUAACCAUCAUGGCUCUCGGCUACUUGUCCAUGCACCUUACAUUCGUAUCCUUGUUUCUGUCUAUGAGACGCCUCGGGUCGAACUUCUGGCUGGCUACUACUGUCCUUUUUGAGUCUGGGUUUGCCUUCCUUCUUGGUCUGCUGGUGACUACCAAGCUGGGCAUCAACAUAAACAUGAUUUUACUUUCCGAAGGUCUUCCAUUCCUCGUCGUCACAAUUGGAUUUGAAAAGCCUAUCAUUCUGACAAAAGCCGUCUUGUCUGCCUCUAUGGAUGCCCGACGCAAGGCAUCGACCAAGGAGGGAGAAAAAUCUGCCCCCCAUACUAUCCAUUCUGCUAUAAAGACCGCGGUUCAGGAGCGUGGCUAUGAAAUCAUCCGCGAUUACUUCAUUGAGAUCUGUAUCUUGGGGGCAGGCGCUGCAUCCGGCGUUCAAGGCGGACUCCGGCCCUUCUGCUUCCUCGCUGCAUGGAUCUUGUUCUUCGACUGUAUUCUACUUUUCACUUUUUACACUUCGAUCCUCUCCAUCAAGCUCGAAAUUAACAGAAUCAAGCGCCAUGUUUCGCUGCGAAAGGCACUUGAAGCCGACGGUGUGAGCCGUUCCGUGGCUGAGAACGUCGCCUAUAGCAACGAUGGAUUUCCGGAAAGCGCAAACCUGGGUAUUGGCGAGAUCUCCAUCUUUGGUACUAAGGUCAAGGAUAGCAGUGUCCCAAAGUUCAAGGCGCUCAUGGUUUCUGGGUUCCUCAUCAUUAACAUCAUCAACAUCAUAACCAUCCCUUUUAGAGGUUCUGGCUCUGGGACAGCCAUUCCCGGAUUCUCCAGUGUGGCCCAGCCCCUCAUGGACCCCUUCAAAGUAGCCAGGAAUGGUCUCGAUGUGGUCUUAGCAAAAGCGCAAUCGCACAACUUGUCGACUGCUGUCACUAUUCUGAACCCUAUCAAAUAUGAACUUCAAUAUCCGUCAGCAUAUUAUGCUCAGAGCAACGGAAGCACCUCAGUCUUUCCUCCCGAGCUAUCAGAGCCUGUGUAUGGUAUGGGUGGAAUGGCACUUGGCGGCGUUCUACGAAGCUUAGAGGACCCAGUACUAGGAAAAUGGAUCAUUGCAGUACUAGCAAUAAGCAUUGUUCUGAAUGGCUAUCUAUUCAACGCCGCUCGGAUGACGAUCAAGGAGCCUCACACUCCCCUUGAGCCGCCUCGAAAUGAGGAGAUGCAAGAUGGGGCGAUCACGCCAAGGACUUCUGUCGCCUCACCUAGAAGCAAUGGUCCCGUUGGUAAUGGACAUGCUGUCACGUCCAAGCCUGAGUUGACCAUGACUGAAGUUCAAGGCGAGCCACGUCCCAUUCCUGCACCACCGACCCCUGCUGCUACCCCAAACCCUCCAGACGACAAUCUCAAUGAAUCGGUGAAAGCGAAUCGGAGAUCAAAUAAGCUGCCGAAACGUUCAUAUGAGGAAUGCCUCGAGAUCCUCAAGGCGAAGAGAGCCCCAGAGAUGAAUGAUGAAGAGCUGAUUGAGCUUUCCUUGAAGGGCGAUAUCCCCGGAUAUGCAUUGGAAAAGACACUCAUUGACAAGACGCGUGCUGUCAAAGUCCGGCGGGCUGUUGUGUCCCGUACGCACGCCACCCGCGAAACAUCCACCUUACUUGAAUCGUCACUCUUGCCAUACGAAGGCUAUGAUUAUGAUCGUGUUCACGGAGCCUGCUGUGAGAACGUCAUUGGCUACCUGCCAUUGCCAAUCGGUGUCGCGGGCCCUCUCUUGAUCGACGGUCAGAACUACUUCCUACCCAUGGCCACUACUGAAGGUGUCUUGGUUGCUUCGACAAGCAGAGGUGCUAAAGCUAUCAACUUAGGUGGUGGUGCCAUUACUGUACUGACUGGCGAUGGCAUGACUCGUGGACCAUGUGUGGGUUUCGAGACUCUCGCUCGUGCUGGCCAAGCCAAAGUUUGGCUCGACUCUGACGAGGGACAACGGACCAUGAAGAAUGCCUUUAACUCGACUAGUAGCUUCGCUCGGCUACAAAGUAUGACAACUGCCCUUGCAGGCACAUACUGCUACAUUCGUUUCAAGACGACUACUGGAGAUGCCAUGGGCAUGAACAUGAUUUCCAAGGGUUGUGAAAAGGCUUUGGCGACCAUGUCGACUGAAUGUGGGUUCAAUGAUAUGAACAUUAUAUCACUCUCCGGAAACUACUGUACCGAUAAGAAGCCAGCUGCGAUCAACUGGGUGAACGGUCGCGGCAAGAGUGUGGUUGCAGAGGCCAUCAUUCCAGCUGAAGUCGUCAAGAGUGUCUUGAAGUGUACUGUGGAUUCAAUGGUCGAGCUUAACACUAGCAAGAACUUGAUCGGUAGUGCCAUGGCUGGCAGCAUUGGUGGUUUCAAUGCCCACGCUGCAAACAUUGUUACUGCCAUCUUCUUAGCCACCGGUCAGGAUCCUGCCCAGAAUGUUGAGAGCAGCAACUGUAUCACUGUCAUGAAGAACUACAAGGGCAACCUGCAAAUAUCUGUAUCUAUGCCCUCCAUAGAAGUAGGUACCAUUGGUGGCGGUACAGUUCUGGAGCCGCAAUCGGCUAUGCUUGACCUUCUCGGCGUACGUGGGGCUAUCCAGAACGCACCCGGCGAAAACGCUCGCCAACUUGCGAAGAUAAUCGCAGCCUCCGUCCUCGCCGGAGAGCUGUCUCUUUGUGGUGCGCUCUCUGCCGGACAUCUCGUUCGUGCUCACAUGAGCCACAAUCGUAGUGCAGUGCCGUCAAGAGCCCCAACACCUGCACCAGCAACAGGUACACAUACUCCCACUAUAAACGCUUUGAAGGAUGCCGCUUCUGGAACCAAUAGUGUCGCACCACCAAGGUAGUGAUUGUCAAACUAUGCUAGCAUAGAUGCAUUUUCCUCGGCGUUCUCAGGACAUAUACCUAGAUUGAGAGGUACCAAUUGUUACUCUCCAAGGCGGACUUGAUGCCAAGUCCUCCGAAUUUGAUCCGACUCUUCCUUUGACAAGUUGGACGCUGUCGCUAAUUACUAUAUACUCUCCAUUAUCACUAUAUCGCACGGUAUCAGAUCACAGAAGCCAACUGAAGUGUGGUAUCUGAACUCAGUAUAGUAGACUGAGCAAUUAGACCUCUAAUCGAAACUUAAAAUGCUACUCAAUG